AUGGUUGAAGAUCCCAAAGAAUUGUGGGAUUGCCUUAAUGAAAGAUUUGGACACCACAAAAGGGUGCUCCUUCCUAAGGCAUUAUUUGACUGGACAAAUUUAUGGUUCCAGGAUUUCAAAUCUGUAAUCAAUUACAAUUCAACCAUACAUGAGAUAGUAUCUAUAUUGAGAUACUUUGAUCAUCCAGUCACCGAUGAACAGAUGAUUGAAAAAACACUCACUACCUUUCAUGCAAGCAACAUACUGUUGCAAGAACAAUAUCGUGAAAGAGGUUUCAAAAGGUUUAAUGAAUUAAUGAGUGUAUUGCUUGUUGCGGAACAAAAUAGUGAUCUUUUGUUGAAAAAUCAUAAUCUUAGACCAACUGGGUCUUUGGCCACUCAUCAUGAGGCAAAUGCAACAAGUUCUUAUCCACCCGAGGCAAAUGCUACACGAAGAAGUGGACGUGGAAAUUAUUGCGGACGAGGCCGAGGACGUGGUAGAAAUAAUUUUCAAAGAAACAGUAAUUUCAAAAAUUCUGAAAAACUGAAGGGACAGUCAUCUGGAAGCCAAAAACAAACUCCUUCAAAAGGAAAAGACACAUGUUACAGAUGUGGCAUGACAGGGCAUUGGGGACGUACUUGUCGUACGACCAAACAUUUGGUAGACCUUUACCAGGCAUCUAUAAAAGGCAAAGAGAAAAAUGCAGAAGCAAAUUAUGAUAAUGAAGAAAAUGCUCCAUGUCCUACCCUUGAUGUGUCCGAUUUUUUCAUGGACAAUGUUGAAAUUGGAAAUGAUUUCAUCUUUGGAGAAAAUAACAAUGCUUAG